CGGAGGCUUUCACCAAGGUGGCAUCAUAUUCCUGAUCCGCGAACCGGCCGCGUUUCUUCGAUCCUCUCCACUCGUCUGCUCUCAUCCCGUCUCCUCUCGUCUCUUUUGUCGUCGUCCUGUUCUCUCGGUGCCAGUGCUCGAUAGAGGUUUUUGGCGAACGCCACGCCCGCGUCCGACGAAGCCCGGCGUCGCGUCUCUGGUGACUCGUAACGCGUUCGACGACGUGACCUUGAGCCCACAGGCCUCGAGGACAUAGGCCGGGGUACCGGUGCUGCUGCGACAUCAAGAUCUACGACGGGUGAGCAGGGAUACUCCGUUGGCUGGGUCGCGGGACGCUCCUUCGUCGCCACGACAUGCGGCUGUCUUGAUUAAUCGGGUGAAGGGAGGAUGAAGAAUGCCCCGCGUCGGUGGAGACGGGGGUGGCGGGCCGGAGAAGGCAGGAGGAAGUGGAUUCGGAGGAUGGCUUGGGGGUGCAGCAAGAGCCAUGACAGGGGGAAGUGUCGGCGGUGGUUACGUGGUUCUAGGUGGUACCAGAUACGGUCUCAGACUUUCUCAGGAAAGCUUGCCGCCAUCGAACUCGCGGGAAGAAUCGCAGGAGAGACGUCGCAAGAGGAGCUCCCGGGAGAGCGACUCUCGCGAGAGACUGACCGAGAAGUGUGCGGAAAACGCGGCGCUCGAUCUGAGCUCGAGCAUCGCCGACUGCUGUUGCAUCGGUCCACGUUCCCGUCUUCCGUUGCCGAGGAUCCCGCCGUCGUCGACAACGACCACAUCUUCGUCGUCGGCGUAUCCGUCAUCGUCGACGUGCGGAACAGGCGGAGGAGGUGGUGUAGGUGGAGUUGGAGGUGGCGGUGGAGGUGUUGGUGGUGGACAGGCUCCUUUUCCUGGGCCUCCCACGUCUUCGAACAGCCGUGUUGCCGGCGUGGAACAGCCGGCGACGCUGACGACGCCAACGACGUCGGCGCAACCGUUGGUGAACUCUAAUAAUAACCGAGGGAUGCUGCAAACGUCGGUGGGGAACAGCACUGGCCAGCACCAUCAAGCACAAUCGUCCGCGGCUCUAACGGCGGCGGUACCGUCGUCUUCGUCGCCAUCCACCUCGACAUCGUUCAACACGUCCACCGCCGUCCCGACGCUGCAGUCCGUCUCGGUGCCGCGCCAGCUAGCACAGUGGACCAAGCAUCAGACGCUGAAGCUGCAGGAACCAGCAGUGAUAGCGGUGGACCGAUUGCACAGGUUCCGGUGGAGCGGGGGCGGGGGAGGAAGUAACAAGAAGUCCUCCUCCGGCCCCCGGAGCGAAAAGACCGAGCGCCUUCGAGAGCUCACCGAGAAACUCAAGGGACCAGCCCCGGUACCACCACCCAGAAGGCCUUCGCGGGUUCAAGCAUCCUCUCCGCCCCCGAGUGGGUACCAACCACCCUCGCAGAACUAUCCUCAGACAACGAAUCAAGGAUGCGGUCACUGCGACGGUCGUCCUUCCUGUCGAAGCUACACGUACAGCGAGGGCACUGGUCACGGGUCGGGCAACCAGCACCCCCAGCAACAUCAGCAACAGCAGCUGAAGACGAUGGGCCGGAGUGAGAGUGUCGGUGACGAGUGUUUCAGUGAGUCGAGUAACGACGCGUGCAGGAAGCCGUGCACCGACUCGAGGAGGUCGUCCUCGCGGUCGGUCAGGCAACACGAUAGGAACAGUGGUGACGUAAGUGACAUAAAAAACGAGCUGAACGCCAGUGCGGACGCGGCGAAACACCUGAGACAGUACAGUGAUUCGGUGGUGGAUAGUGGUACGUGUGUGGACGAUUUGUGUGACAAUCUGAACACCGCCUCCGGGGCAGGCAACGAGGGCGAAGCCAGGGAUGCGAUCACCAGAUUGGAGCCCAGAGGGCCACUUCUUACGUUUCACAGAGCCGGUGCACCUUAUCGCAGCGCUUCCUUCGGCCAGGUGGACUUCAAUCAAGUUAGUCGACAGAAGGCACAGCCAAUAGCCACGUCGAAUCGAACGGAGAGCAAGGAUGUCCGUGCUAGCACGUUACCACGAAGACGCGGGGACGUCAGCCCGGUCGUCUCGACGCCGCAGAACAGCCCUAAUCGCCAGAGCCCGAGAACGUCGACGCCCAGCGUCGACAGCGCCGUCGGUUCCGCGGAAGGCCUGGGUGUACCUCAAACCGGAAACGUCGAGGAGAUCCGACCGAGGAGCGAUGGUUCCGACAGUCUGGCCACUUCCAGUGCUCUCACCAGCCCAGAGCCACCGGUUCCAGAGAUCAACGAGCCGAGGGUCGAUCUGGUGCAGGCGGACGUGCCUCCUAUCGAGAUCGUCACGACCGAGCCCGUUUUUCCGCUCGCUGAAAACGCGCCCAGCGAGGAAACCGUUCAGAAAGAAAAUAGACUGGAGCCGCACGAGGUGAUAAUAACACCCCCACCUGAGGAGCCACGGCUGAGUCAAGCUAGCGAGGGUAGCGAGGCGGCGAGCGAGGCACCCUCCGAGGCGUCGUCGCCGUCGGGCAAAACGAGGAGGUACCGAGGGGACACCAGCAAAAGGAGAAAGGGCGUGUACAUAACCCAAUGGCCGGAGUCCUUGGACACCGACAGGAACAAGCUGUCAGCUCAGAGCAGCGAGGAAAGAGACGAGCCACCUGCGACGCCCAGCGACCUCUCCGACUGCGAGGGCCACACGCCUAGAAGGUACAGCAAGAGGCCUCUCCGUGGCCCUUACGGGCAGAUGCUCGAGGCAGAGAUGGCGAAACCGCGAACCGCUGAUAUCUCUCUCGAGGAAGGUCUUCGUCCACGUAGAAAAGUUUCCGCGAAUCUCUCGUACAACACGAGCUCGAAUAACAGCUGCUCAGAGCCGCCCACGCCCUGCCAUCAUAGAACCACUUCCAGCCCGAGCAAACUCGAAGGUCUUCCGGGACCAAGUCCCGAACUACUCGCGGAGCUGCUCCGGGGAUCUUCGGAGAGGGUGGCUCGUGCACCGGUGCAUCGAAACGAUACGAGGACUCACGUAGUCGUGGAGCUAUACGAUACGGAGCGGUCGUACGUGGAAGCACUGCAAAUACUAGUCAAUAAAUAUCUACAACCGCUGAAGAGCUCCGAAAAUGCGGGUUUGGUGGACUCAGCCACGGUGGACGAGAUCUUUUAUCAGAUUCCCUCUAUUCUCAACCAUCACGAAGUGUUCUUGGAGGAAUUACGUAAAAGACUGGACACUUGGGAGAUUCAGCAGACGAUUGGCGAUGUUUUCCUCGAUGUGUUCACCAAGCCAGUCGUCCUGGAGACGUACACCCUCUUCCUUGAUAAUUGGAAGUCCGCGAGGAAGGCGAUAAAAACGACUUGUCAAGCGAAACCGGCUUUCGCGCGAUUCCUCGAGACAAUGGAACGCGAGCACAAAGGAAAACUUGGUCUGGAUCAGUUAUUGAUCAAACCGGUGCAGAAGAUACCCCGUUACGAGCUGCUGAUCCAGAGGCUGCUGAAGCACACCGACUCCACGCAUCCGGAUUUCGAGCUGCUCCAAGCUGCUCAGAAGGAGGUGCACGAGUUGGUCGUAAAGAUCAAUUGCACGGAAAGGGAGUCCCUCGAGUGGGAGCAACAGCAAACUACGUUGAGGGAGGUUCAGGCACUCGUCGAAGGACUAGCUGGUAUCGUGACCAACGAUAGAGCAUUCGUCCGCCACGAUCUGGUCACCAUAGCCUCGAAUCAAGGAACCAGGAAGGAACGCGCGCUAUUUUUGUUUUCCGAUCUGCUUGUUAUCACCAGCAUCAAGAGGAGAAGCGGAACCAUCAGAAAACCAUCGACAAGUUCCUGUCCAAAUAGUCUGGUUGGCCUACUGGAAGCAAAUAAGUACAAAAUGUUAAUGAGAAUACCGCUGGACGACCUAGAAGUUAUGAAAGCCAAAGAUGAAAAUUUGAGGCGAAUGGCCCGCGAAGUAGACCAUCUCCGAGAAGACUGUGCCACGUUGACUCAGCUUCAGGAGCUGGCAUCCACGCUGCACGGCGCGAAGCAACAAUUAGAGGAUCUUAUCAAGGAUUUGCUAGGUCAGGCGCAACGGCAAUUAGCAGAAAGAAACGCGGCACAUUCGCAGUUGGCCUGCCUGGAAUUAACGCUGAACACUCAGGCUGGAAUCGAGAACAUUUCCGUGAUGUUCACGAAGCCGGACAAAAGGGCCAGUUGGGAGGAGAGCUUCAACGAGGCUAAACAGAAGUUAGCGUUGUCCGCUGAUAGGAGGCCCUGCCCAGAGUUUGUGGGACCUCUGCCGAUUCGAAAGACUCGGGCUGGCUUGCAGUUCACCUGUGCUGCUCCCACUCUGGCCAACGGACAGGGCUCCAGGGACGUUUGGGUGUGCAACAGCGACGGCUACGUGGGUCAGGUCUGCGUGCUGAGUCUCACUCCGGAACCACCGCAGGUGACAUCUUGCAACGGAGUCUGCAACGCCAGGAUCCUGUGUGUCGCUGGAAUCCCGGCGUGCACUCAGAGAUCGAAUUCGUGCGUGACUAACAACAUUUCAUUCGCGAACAGUAAGAGCGGCAUAAGCAUCUCGGUCCAGGAUGUCGAUGCCAGUGGCGGGAACAUACAGUUAGAUAGUUGCUCGAGCUCCGACUACUCGGACUCGGACGACAUUCCAUGUGCAGAUACGGGUAGCCUGACUUUGAGUGGCGACGUUCCGAGUAUCGAUAACGUUACGACGGAAGAGGACGUUAAUCAACCAACCAUGUGGCUGGGGACCGAGGAUGGGUGCAUACACGUUUACAAUUGCAACGAUAACAUCAGGAUAAAAAAGAACAAAGUGAAAAUACAGCACAACAGCAGCGUGCACUGCAUCAUAUACUUGGAUAAUAAAGUGUUCGUGUCGCUUGCUAAUGGAGACAUCACUGUCUAUGCUCGAGAUCACGUAGGUGGUUGGAACACCCCAGACCCGAGAUCAGUGUCGGUGGGCACGGUGGCUUCUCCAGUGACGAAAAUGCUUCCGGUAUCCGGGAAACUUUGGUGCGGAUGCCACAAUUCGGUGAAAAUUCUCAACACCCACACGCUAGACGUGGAACACACGUUCGCCGUUAGCAACGACACGUCCUUGUCGGUUUCCUGCAUGGCAAGUUCCGGUGGACUAGGAGUCUGGAUUUCUUUGCACAAUAGCGCCGUGUUGCGUUUAUUCCACUCUGGUAGCUACGAAUGCUUGACGGACAUCAAUAUAGCACCGGCUGUCACCAAAAUGCUUACCAGUUGCGAUGACAUAAUACGACAACACAAGGCCGCCUGUCUCAGGGUCACCGCACUUUUGGCUUGCAACGAGUUGCUUUGGAUCGGCACGAGCGCCGGCGUACUACUGACCGUGCCAAUUCCCCAUAUAAAGCCAUCUACUCAGAGGAUGUCCCAACCGCCGAUCGUGACUGGUAUUCCUCAUGGACAUACCGGACACGUGCGUUUCCUCACAUGCGUGGAAACGACGACGCCAGCGAAGCCGGAUCCGCGUCCAAAGGUGAACAGAUACUCUCUGAAGUCCAGCAAGACGCAACAGAACAACAUCAAUCGCGGGAAACUUCUGGUGAUAUCAGGCGGAGAUGGCUACGAGGAUUUCAGAGGUCCACAGGCAUCUGCCGAGCUGCAGGCUGGUCGCGAGGACUCGACCAAUCAUCUGCUGCUUUGGAAAGUGUGACCUGAUCUAGCAGGGCCCUCGGUAAGGGCCACAACUCACUCGCAUCGGCAUGACAUGCCGUGGGAAUCGUUGUUGCGUGUGCAAGUCACACGUAGUCGGGUCCGUCAUUGUCCGAUCGUGACUGUUCAGGACGUGUUCGCCCGACGAUUUUUCAGGGAACGCGGGAAGGUUCUCUGGCUCGUUUUGGCCGAGUGGAUAAAAAGCAGGAUAAAGGAGGUCCGUUACUUUCAAGGUGUCAAGAAACACGCGUUCCAAACUGCUAUGGAACCGGACUAGGCAGCUUUCUCUGGUCGUUGUUUUAACGCUGAUCGGGAUCAGAUCCUUAAACUAAUCUGUUCGACUCUCGUUGGAUCGUUAUGGAUGGAACUGGGAAACGGUUCGCUGAAAUCAACGUCAAAACCCGAGGAAUCCAUCUUUUCGCUAGACAGCAUGAAAGGUCAAAGGGUAAAAAUUCGUCGGAAUUUAUCGGAAUUUAUCAAAAUUCGAUGAGCAGCAUUCGAUCGGAAUACCGAUAGCAACGUUUUGAACCUGCUUGAUUUCAGGGAAUCGAUUCCACGCGAGUUUGUACUUUUGCACUUGGACCGAAUAGACGUUGGUUUUUCUCGAUGUUGAAUCACGCGACGAUUCGUCGCAUGAUUGUAAUUUAGUGUCGAUGUACCUCGAUGUUCAAUAAAGGAGGAACAGGCGGAAGGAACGUACGCGCGUGCUUCGGGCGGAUCGAUUUAACCGCGCGUGUACAUCCUCGUUGUGUUUAGAUGUAAUACGCACGUUGAGAAUUUGAGCAAUGUAAUUACGAUACCUGGAAGAGCGUUGAAUCGAGCUUAUACACAACCGUGACACUGGCCUAAAAAUACGUUAAAACGCUAAAAGGGGGCUUAAUCGAGUUAGAGUGCCAAAACGAAUUUAUCAUUGUCCAUCGAUCGACGCGAGCAUGCUCGAGAACUGACGCGUAACAUCGUUUCUUCGUUUUAUUAAUAAUUCACCGUUCGUAACGGAAUGUGUUCGUGUUUAGUCACAAAUGGAAUUCCAGAGAAUUGCCAAUUAUUGUCGGGAAAUUAAAAGAAAUAAAUUAAAAGAAAAUCGGGCAAGAGUAAAUUUCUUUGGAAUUGAACGAGUGCGACGUUGUCCAGCGGUUGCUGGACGAAAGAGUUAUAGCUUACUUGGCCCCCGCAGCGAUGGGAGAAAUUGGGGAUGAUAGGAUGAAAUUUUAAUCGUUGACAGGGGGACGAAAUCGACGUUGCGUUUUAUACAAUUUUUCGUCUUCCCAUAUUUUUUUAUUUGAUAGGAGGCGUUGUUACGAGUGGAAGAUAUCGUUGAAAGUGUAAGAGAGAUGGUGUAAGAAGAUGUAAGGGUGGUAAGAUCCGCGAAGAAAUGGUAUACGAUCAAAGAUGGCGCCUCGAAGCUUCGUCGCGAUAAAUCGUAACGCUUGGAAAAAAUUGUUCGGUUGCCCCGGUCUGUAUCAAUGGUACAAAAUUCGAGUGGCCAAUUCGCAUAGUUUCUCCCUGUUCAGGGUACUUCUGGAUAGAUCUUAAGCUCUUUAUACACCUCCCGCGCGUUUUAUUCGCUUCAACUUCGAGCGACUCGUCUGACUUUUUUACAACUUCGAACGACUCGCGGAUAUAUUGACCAUGCAUAAUUAACAUACAGCGUAUUUGACAAUAAUUAAUCGAUAUCGAUCCCUCAGAUAGUCUUACACGAGAUCAAGUGUCGUUCCACGAUACGAAUUUCGAUCCUUAGUCGUGCCAAAUGGUUCGCGCCCCUUUGCCCCCUGAUUUUCGUAAUUCACCGUUACUUUUCGCGCGAAAUUGCAAGUUUCGAGAAUCAGUUACACGACACCGAAGUCGUUCAACUGUACACGGUCUUAUACACUUUCCGAUUCGUUUGAAUUAUUAACCGAGGACGCUAUACAGCUUCGGGUGUCUCUUUCUUGAAAUGUUCGAUUACGUUCGUUGUCAAAUUUCUCUUCUAUUCGUUUCACGAACUUUAGAUCUCUCACGAAGCCAAGGUUAGGUGUUCAGAGUAUCGCGCACUUUGAGAUUUUACGACGGCGUUUGACGAUUGCGAAAAUUAAAAAUUGUUAUCCUUCGAUUACAGAAAAUUGAAAGAAAUUGUAUGGAUGCGUUGUCUAAUUAUAUAACACAUGCAAGAGAACAUAAAAAUGGGAAAAAUGUGUAAAAAAACGAAAAAAAAAAAAAAAAAAAAAAAAAAAAAAAAAAACGGAAAAAAAGAAAAAAGAUGAAACAUUGUUGGAACGAAUGUCUCCGAAGGGUGGCAUCGUUUAACAGGGGAGAGCCGGCGACGCUUCGAACGAUUCAAGACUGACUCUACUAACCUCGAAGUGCGAAGCACAAAGUAACGAAGUAACUCGAAUCGUACAAACAGCCAUCGAACCUACUCGAUCGACGACAUCGACGCGAUACUUUUCGUCAGAAGCGAACGAGAUCCUCAUCUCCGAUCCUCCUGGCCGGCUCGAACCGAUGCAAACGAUCACCGAUUCGCUCUGAGAUUAUCAUAGAGAUAGAGACACCUUUUCGAUGUGUACAUAAUUAUCGACAUACCUGUACGUGUGAUAAAUCGCUGUUUGCAAGCCUAGCCAGCUCGGAAGCAAGGUACAAUCUGUCGCUAGCAAAAAUUGUUGGCCGCGUACGGGGCUUAUAUUUUGUUUAUCGGUGUGAUUUCUAUUAUCGUAGCGAGACGCAUAUACGUGUUUGCGUGCGAUUGAGGUCGAUUGAGUGCCUGUGGGAGUGGAGAGAACGGGACGAGGGGUGACGAGAGGGUCGCGUGUGAUAGAUAUUUGCCUUUGACUUUGCGUUCGCCUUUCGGAACGAAUUAAAACGAAUUAAAAGAAAUCGAUUUAAUCGCGGGGCGACGCGUGCAAUCAUAUCCGUUGUGUCUGUCGUUGUGACGCGUGUGAGUGUGCGGGACGUGGAGCCCGAGUCGUAUGGGGUGCGAUGAUAAUCGUUUCGCGAGGGUGCGACCGCGUGUAUAGGAUGAACGGGACGAUCAUUUCGCGAUGAUUAACGCGAAUUAACGCGAAAAAUAGGAAUGCCCGACGAAUUCGAUGAAAUAUCGUCACGAUCGUCCCACGUCUAUCUUGUCUCGUAGCGAGCGUGGUAUCGUGCGAACGUGGAUCACUGAUCGAUGAGAGUGAACCAGGAAACGAGCGUGGUGUUAAAAGUCGAAUUAUUAUUUAUUGUAGCUACUUAAGGUACGUGAAAGUACGCCAGACGUAUCGCGAUUGAUACCGUGUACGAAUGCAUCUGUGGUAUAUUUCUAGUGUGCAAUAAAACAAAAAAAAGAAAGGUGUCAUGUAUUCAGCAACGAUCGCGUCCCGUAAGUUAUUGAUUAAUGUUGUUAAGUGUCUAGAAGCAAGAGAUACGUAACUGCGUAUAAAAUAUAUUUGUAUUAUAUGUACUCCUUCCUUCCCA